GUCAAUUGUACUGUUUAUCCCUUGCACCUGCAUUAGUAGUGGUUUGUUCGUUAGCGACGCAGACAUAAUUGCAACAAAGCGACGCCGCAAGCACCGCGGAUCCAUAUCGAAACUCCCCGCAUCGCAACUCCGGCUUUACAACUGCGCUUUCAAUCAAAUUUCGACAUCAUGGCCAGCCAAGCACAAGUCAACCCCAAGAGGCAACAGGAGCUCCAGCUCCAGUACUCCAACUACAAAAACACGCUACAACAAUUGGCGCAGAAGAUCGGUGACAUUGAGCAAGAAGCAGAAGAGCAUAAGCUUGUUAUCGAAACCCUCGACCCCCUCCCGAAGGACCGCAAAUGCUUUCGGAUGGUGAACGGUGUUCUGGUAGAGCGGACAGUUGAGGACGUUCUCCCGUCUCUCAAGACAAACUCGGAUGGAUUGAAGCAGGUCUUGGAGGAGCUAUUGAAGCAGUACAAGUCGAAGCAGGCGGAUCUGGAUAACUGGAAGAAGAAGAACAACAUCCAGGUUGUACAGCCUUAGAGCAACGGUGCUAUGGUUUUCUCACGGUUUCUGUAUCCUCUUCAUGCAGCGUUAUACACUGAAAAAUAAUAUUCCUAUAGUAAAAUCAUGUAAUUCUAGACAUC